AUGUUUCAUUUUAACAAUAACUGCAUUAUUUUAAAUUCAUUUAAGAAGUUUAUUAGAACAGGUAAAUAUAAAGACCGCGUAUUUAAUUAUAAAGAGAUAUUUUUUGAAAAGAAAAAAAAACUUGAAGAAAAGAAAGAAGAAAAAAAUGAAGAGGAUAUAAAUAUUUUAAAAUUAAUACAUAUUGAGGAUUUUAAAAUUUGUAAACCGAAAAAGAAAAGUUUUAAUAAAAAGAAAAUUAUUGAUAAAGAGGAAGAAAAAAAGGAUUGGACGCCUCGCAUUAUUGGUAGAAAGGACGAUAUAAAAAAUGAAGAAAGGAACAAACAUUUAAAGUUAAAUGAAUCAAAUAUAAAUAACGAAAAAGAGAAUUAUAUAAAUGUGGGUACAAGUCAUUCUUAUAAUUUUAAUAAAAUGAAUUCACGUAGUACUAAUAAAUGUGAUAAUUAUAUAAAUAAUAAUUAUAAGAAUUCAAAAAAGAAUAUUAUUUAUUUAACUAAUUUUACUGUUACUAAUAGUUUUAUUAAUAAAAAGUAUUAUAUAAUUAAAAAACAAAAAAAAAAUUCUGAUGUAGAGGAAGAUAAAUUCAUGUUAUAUGAGAAAAGAUCCCUUGAGCUUUUGAAUAAAAUAAAAUUGAGGAAUGAACAGAAUGAGGAUGGAAAUAGAAUUGUAAGUAAUAUAGAAAAGAAUGAAUUAUAUGAAAAUAUGAAUGGAUCGUUUAAUUAUAUAGAUAAUGAUAAUCAUAGUGAUAAGAAAGUUCAUUUAUUAAAUUCAUUGACUUUUGAAAAUAAGGAUAAAAUUAUUAAAAAGAUAUACAAAUCAUCAAUUAAUCAUGUAAGGGAUGAAAAUUUGUGGAAAAAAUAUGUACAGAAUGUUUUUAUUAUAUCUUCAUAUUUGGAUUGUCCUGAUAUUGUAAUAUUAUUUUGGUGUUUUAGUAAAAUAGGAUAUAGAGAUAAUAGAUUAGUAAAUUUAUUAUGUUCGAUCGUUUUAAAAAAGAUAAAUGAAUUAAGUCCAUGUGCAAUUGCUUUAUUAUUAAAUAGUUUUAAAAAAUUAGAAAUUAAAAAAUAUGAUACCAUAGAAUUAUUAACAAAUCAAUUUUGUUUUCACCUAUCAAAUUGUACAUAUCAAGAUAUAGCUCUAGUUUCGAAUUCUUUAUCUUUUUUUUAUAUUUAUCAUAAAAAUUAUUGGAAAAAGUGUAUAUUAAAAUUACAAAAUAAUUCCUAUAUUACAUGUUCAUUACAUUUAUGUCUAAUUUUAUCAGCAUUCGCUAGACUUGAUAUAAGAGAAGGAAAUAUUUUAUUAUCUUUUAGUAAAGUUGCUAAACGUCUAGUUCCUGAUAUGUCGCCUAAUAAUUUAGCUUUAGUUAUUCAUUCAUUUGCAAAGUUAAAAUUUGUUCAUCCUAAAUUUUUUAAUUAUCUUUUUCAACAUGUUCAUAAGUAUUUGGAUAAGCAACUUCAAAUAAUAUACAAGGUUGAAGAAAAAAUAACUGAAGGAAGUAAUAAUAAUAAUAAUAAUAAUAUCAAUAAUAAUAAUAUCAAUAAUAAUUAUGAUGAGGAUGCAUUAUAUAGUAAAAAGAACAAAAUAGUUAUUAAACAUUGCGAUAAUAAUAGAAGCAAUGUAAUUAUUAAUGAUAAUGUUCAAGACAAGAAAGAACUUAAUAAGUUGCAUGAAUCCUUGUCCGGAAUUGAAAAUGUGGAAGAAGAUGAAUAUUUAAAAAAUAUUAUGAUAAAUAAUAAUUAUAAUGCAGAAGAAAAUUUUAAAAUAAUAGAAAAUAAAAAAAAAAGUAAUUUUAAUAAAGAAGAAACAGCAAAACAUACACCUGUUGUUGAACAUGAUAAUAAGAAUGAAAUUUCCGAGAGUAAUAAUGUGAAUCAUAAUAUAAAGACAAAUAAUAGUUAUAUUAAUAAAUGCUCAAAACUUAAUGAUAAUAAAAAAAAGAUGUUUGAUUUACAAUCACUUGUUUUAUUAUUAUAUUCUAGUACCUGUUUAAUUACUUGCACAGAACAAAUGACAUUAAAAUUAAUUUAUUUGAUAAUGCCACAUAAAGAUCAUUUAGGAGAUCAUAAAAUAGAUAAGCUCAAAUAUGUAAGCGAUUAUAUACAAAACCUUUUCCCAUCCACUUUUGAAACAUUUCCAAAAGAUGUAAAAGAUUUUUUUUGUUAUAUAGAUACAUAUGAAAUAAAAAAAAAGAAAUUAAAAUAUAGUGCACGAUGGAUUAACGAAUUAUCACGUAUUCUAACUAAAAUGAAUGUGGAUCAUAUAAGAAAUGUAUACAUAAAUAAUAUAUGUACAGAUAUUAUGUUAACUUCAACAAAUGUUAUUAUAAAAUGUCUAGGUCCAUACAGUUAUUAUAUCAACUCCUUAGUAACUACAUCGAUAUCUGAUUUAAAGUUGAAAAUAUUAGAAAGCAAAAAAUAUAAAGUAAUAAAUUUAAGUUAUCAUGAUUGGAAUAAAUUAAAUGACUAUGAAGAAAAAAUUAAAUUCUUAUACUCUUUUGGACGACAUGCAGCCAACAUUUUUUUCAUAAAUAAUAAACAACAAUCUAUAAACGAACAAAGAAAUAACCAAUCUAUAUCCAAAUCACAUGUAAACAAGAAUGAAAAGGGUGUAGAACAUAUUGAUAUAAAACUAAAAAUGGAUUAUCCUCACAACAUGAAAAAUCAAAAUAUAAAAUCUCAUUCACAAUCUUCCAUUGAGUUUGACGAAAAAAUACAAAUGGAUGAAAAUUUUUCAUCUGAUGAUGAAGAUGAAAUAUUGAACUUUUUAGAAAAGCAAAAAGGUACAAUGGAUAUAAAUCGAAAUGAUUAUAAUGAUGAUAUAGAAAAAAUAAAAAAUUAUUUGUCUUUCCCAGGUGCCUCAAAUGGACAUAAUGCCUGA